AUGUCGUCCAUGGAGAAGAAGAAGAAGAGGAAGAGGAAGACAAGUACAGCUACGACGAACACGCUGUCCCCGUCGUCGCCACAAUCAACCACAGCUCCGUUGCUUCCCGAUGAUUUGCUAGUGAGCUGCUUCGCACGAGUUUCUAGAUUGUACUAUCCAACUUUCUCCCUUGUCUCCAAGCGUUUUCGAUCUCUUCUUGCUUCACCUGAGCUUUACAAGGCUCGAUCACUCUUGGGGAAUACCGAAAAUUAUCUCUACUUGUGCUUAGGGUCACAUCCGCGUUCUCUCUGGUACAGCCUCUUCCUGAAACCUAACCAAACCCUAAGCAAUGAGAAGGGGAAGUCAAGUGUUUCUUUUUUGGUUACGGUCCCAAUUCCAAGUUCUCCUAGUGCGCGCUUUCAGGGUCUCGUGGCCGUUGGUUGUAAUAUCUACAACAUUAAAGAGACCCCUUACAUGGAAGAAAACAAAGAAGAGCUCUCCUCUAACGUCUCCGUUCUAGAUUGCUUGACUCACACUUGGCGAGAGGCUCCAAGAUUGCCGGUGAAGCUAAUGACACUUUCUGCUAGCGUUCUUGAUGCAAAGAUAUACGUGGCAGGAAUAGGCUACAAAGACGGCGAUUCUUGGGGUUACUUGAAGAACACGUUUGAGGUUUUCGACACAAGAACACAUAUUUGGGAUCCUGAGACCAUCCCUUGCAGCGAGACAAUAUGCAGUUUUAAUAACUCGAGAAGUGUAUCUAUUGACGGAAAGGUUCACGUAAAGACUAACAAUGUGGUUGCUUACAAUUCCAAGGAAGUUAGAUGGGACUUGGUUGGACAAGAGAUGGGUGAAUAUAUGACCUCAGAUUUUUGUUGCGUGAUAGAGAAUGUUUUGUACUCUGCUUCUCACGGAGUAUUGAGAUGGUAUGACUCUGAAGUAAGCAGGUGGAAACCGUUGAAGGGAGGACUACGUAAGUUCUCUCUUGGCGCUUGUGUUAGAUUGGCUGAUUAUGGUGGAAAGUUGGCGGUUUUGUGGGAACAAGAACAAGAACUGUAUGGUGAUAAGAAGAUUCGGUUUACAGAGAUUGCGCUUGUAAGACGGAAAAUAGAACGUGAGAUUUGGGGAGAGGUUGAGUGGUUGAGUGAUGUGCUUAGAGUCCCUAAAUCAUGUAGUAUCGUCAAGGUUCUUGGUGUUACUCUUUGA